AUGGCCAGCAACAAGGAAAAAGCUCGUCCAGGUGACUGGACUUGUCCAACCUGCAACGAUUUGCAGUUUGCACGCAACAGCAGCUGCCGCCGGUGUGGAGGGCCCAAACCUACUUUGCAGAACAUGGGGCAAGCCGCCAACACGUUCUACCCAUGCGGAGGUGUUGGCUCUGGCACAUCUCCAAAUGGUCAGGCUAUGAUGUCCGGCGACUGGAUCUGUCCUAGCUGCAACGACCUCGUCUUUGCGAGGAACAGCCAUUGCCGGCGGUGCAGCACACCCAAACCAGACCAGCCUUUCGUUCCGCCAGGCUACCCAGGCUUCACCGGCUACCCUGGCUACCCCGGUUAUUCCGGUUACUUCCCGUGGUGGCCAGGUUAUCCGCCGCCGCCCAUGAAGAGGGGCAGCAGCAGUUCCGACAGCGACAGCGGCUCAUCUGACUCUACAUCUGAUUCGAGUGAGGAGGACACACGACAAGCCGCAGCAUCCAAAGCGCGGCUGAAGGCCCGCCAGAAGGUCGAGGAGGAGCGAAGAGCCAAGGAGUCGAGAAAGAAGGCGCAGAACAAGAAACAGAAAAAGACUAAGGACUCCUCUGAGAGCAACAACCAGGGGCAAGACGACAGCGAGCAAGCUCGAAAGAAGCCAGGAGCAAAGAAGGACAGCGACGAUGCUGACGAGGACGACCGGGACGGUGAAGAGAAAAAGUCAGAAAAGCCGAAGAACAAGAAGACGAGGAAGGAGAGGACAUCCGCGUCUUCCAAAAGUCGUGCCAACGCAAAAAAAUCGAAGGAAGCAAAGGAAGCAAAGGAGGAAAGCAAAGCAAAGAAAGACAAAAGAAAGCAAAAGAAGCACAAAGAAGCAAGCGACAGCGAUGAGGAGAAGUCAGAAGACUGCCAGGCGGCGAGCCUAGACGCAGAUGCGGAGAAUGGCCGGCAAAGACAUGGAAGCAAGAAGGCAAAGGAGAAGAAAGCAAAGGUGAGAGAUGCUAAGGAGAAAAAGACGAAGAGCAAGAUGAAAGCAAAACACAAAGAGAAUGACAAAGGCGAUGAAGAGGAGAAACCCAAGCGCAAGGCGAAGCAACCAAAAAGCGAAUCUGGCAGCAAGGAUGAAAAAAGUGAAAGCAGCCGAGGCAACAAGAGAAAAAGGAAGAAAAAAAGCUCCGAUGAUUCGUGA